UAUGAAUUUUUUGGCAUCUUUAAUUAUGAUUUCUAUAACUCAAUUUUCAGUUCAAAUUUCAAACGAAUCUAUUAGUGAUUGGAAUUCAUGGAGUGAUUGUUCAACAACUUGUCGAAUUAUUGGUGAAGAUAAUCCAGUUAAAACGAGAAACCGUACUUGCUUGCGGUUAGACGGUUGCUUAAAUACUGCACUCACAGAAAUAAUGGAUUGUAAUCUAAUGGAUUGCACAGAUUGCACUGAAACUGGUUGUGAUGGAAAUGAAGUAUGCGUAGAAAGUAAUGAUGUCAAUCAACAGUAUUUUUGUCAAUGUGAUUCUAAUUAUCUCAUGGAAAACGGAAAAUGCAUAGAAUCUUUUAGUGAUUGGAACUCAUGGAGUGAUUGUUCAGCAACUUGUCAAAAUAUUGGUGAUUAUAAUCCAAUUAAAACAAGAAAUCGUACUUGUUUACGGGUUGACGGUUGCUUAAAUGCUGAACUCACAGAAAUAAUGGAUUGUAAUCUUAUGGAUUGCACAGAUUGCCGAAUAACUGGUUGUGAUAAAAAUGAAAUAUGCACGGGCAUUUUGGAUGUAUCAGACGAUGAAACAUACUUUUGUAGAUGCAAUUUAAAGACAUUUUGGAAAAAUGGAAAAUGCAUAAGUUGUAAAAGUAACUGCCUUGGAUUGAAACAGUGUAAAUAUAACUUAUUGUAUUAUGAAAAUAGUUGUGAUUGUAUUCCAAACCAUAUUCUGGUUAAAAAUAAAUGCACAGCUGCCUCAAGUAAAUGGGAUUCAUGGAGUUCAUGGGAGUUUGAAGAUAAAACUCCUAAUGCAUUUCGAAGACGCAACUGUAGUCUUUUUGUUGAUGAAAAUAGUAAUGAAACUCAAGAUUGCAUGCUUGAUAAUCUGAGUAGUUGGAGUUUAUGGAGUGAUUGUUCAAAUGCUAAAAACAGGACAAGAGGUCGUUCAUGUGAGGAUAAGUAUUUUGGCAAAAAUUGCACAGGAGCUAUAGAAGAAAAUAGUCAAUCAUGUCCAGGUUUUGCUUACACAGAUAUUAUCCUUCAAUUGGAUAUAUCUUGGAACAAUAGAUAUUUGGACUCCUUCUCGCAAAGUUAUAAAAACUUGUUUUUAUGGUUUAGCAGCUUUAUCAAAGAAUUUAAUAAGUGGUUUGAAAGAUUUUCACCUUAUCUUUUAAUUGAAAGUAAUUUGUUUAUUCAGAAAUACUUCAUUUUUGGGUCUUUUAACAUUUGGUACUCAGUAGACACAAAAAACCUUACUAGAAGUUGCAAAGAAAUAGAAAACUCUUUAGCCAGUCAAAAUCAAAUAAUGAACUGCAGUAUUUCUCUUGUGUUUAUAGCGCAUAGUGAUUGUUGUUUUUCGAAAAUAUAUGAUCCAUUGGAUGCUUUUAUAAUAAAAUAUUUUACUGGAUUGGAAAAUUUCUAUUUCAGUUUAGCUGAUGGUAAUGCUAGCUUUAGUUGCAGCUAUAAUAAAUCUAAAAUUUAUUAUGCUAACUGUGUGAUUAUGGAUUCAUAUGAAUCUCAAUAUACACCAGAAAUCAUUUCAAACAUAGCUAUGUGGGUUUAUUAUGAUGUUUAUAACUGCCCUGCAGAAAAUGACUUUUCUCAGUAUCUUUUGGAUUUAAACAAGACCGUAACUAGUGAAAAUGCUGAUACAAUUGCUGCUAAUUUGUCAACUGUCUUAACUAACAAUACUAAUAUCAAAAUAGCUGAUUUUCAAUUCAUUACUGAUAUAAUUACUGGAGUUAUUCAGGCUAGCCCAAUGCCAGCAAAUGUUACAGAAAACAUUGUUUCAGUUGUAAGCACUCUGUUAAAUCAAAACACAACUUUCAUUAAUGAAGCAAAUAUUAAACUUAAAGCAUCCAAAGAGCUUUUACAUCAACUGGAUAAAAUGGCAGCAAAGCAAUACACAAACGUUAAUAUUUCAACAGAAAACUUAGCGUUUUCAUCAUAUUUUAAUGACAAAAACAACAGUAAUAUUUAUAUUUUUUCUGAGUAUAACAAUAAUUUAAGUGUCAUUAUAUCAAGUGAAGAUCCUGAGAAUGGUUCUAAAAGUUAUCUUCCAUAUAUGACUCUUCCAUCACAAUUGUUUUUUAACAAAAGUAAAACAUUGGUUUAUUCUUUUAUUUACAAAGAAGUUGAUUUAUUUUUGAACAUGAAAAAUCAAACUGGAAAUAUAAAUAGUGUUGUAUUUUCAGCCACUUUAAAGAAUGUCUUGGUGAAUAAAUCCAAUUAUCCAAUUUUAAUUAGGUUUACAAAAAAUUCAAAUGCCCUUGGAAAUACAUCUUGUGGUUUCUUUGAUACAGAUAAGGAAAUUUGGUCUACUGAAGGUUGUACUAUAACUAAUAGCUCCUUAUUAGAUGUUGUAUGUGAAUGCAAUCAUCUAACAAAUUUUGCCUUGUUAUUGAAUGUUGCUCAAUCAGUAAAAAUAACAAAUAAUGUGUUCCUUGAAGUUGUUACAUGGAUUGGCUGUGGGUUAUCAAUUGCUGGAUUAUUUCUGACUAUUGUCAUUUAUUCUGCUUUUUCAAAAGUGCGAAAGAAGCUUGCUCCAAAAAUUCUCUUAAGUUUAUGUGUUAGUUUGAUAUGUACACUAAUUAUAUUUCUUGCAUCAGAAACUCCCAGCAAACCUAGUCUUUCAUGUAAAGUAGUUGCUUCAUUGUUGCAGUUUUUUGUUUUGUCAACUUUCUUCUGGAUGGCAAUUGAAGGAUUAAAUUUGUACCGCAUGUUUGUAAAAGUUUUUCCUGGUUCAUCAAGCCCACACAUAUUUUUCUUAAAUGCAUCUGCCUUUGCUUGGGGUAUACCAUUGAUAUUUACAGUAGCAACAGCUGCUAGUAAACCUGACUCUUUAGGUCCUUCACAUGAAGAUAAGAAUAACACACAAGUAUGUGUUGUUCAAGGAUAUCCAUUUUACUUUGGAAUACUUUUACCUAUCUGCGUAAUAAUGGCAGGCAAUAUUUGUGUUCUUGUUUUUGUUCUCAGAGGUAUUAGUGGUAAUUCAAAUUUAAAUAACAAGAUUGAUAGCAAAAAAAAAGUUCGAAAUGCUUUUGCAUGCUCCGCCUUGCUUGGAUUAACUUGGAUAUUUGCGAUUUUAGCUGUCGGUAAAGCCACAGUUGUAUUUCAAUGGUUGUUUUGUAUUUUUAAUUCCUUACAAGGUUUUUUUAUUUUUCUGUUCUAUACUGUUGGAAAUAAACAAGUUAAAGAAGAAUUAAUGCUUUUUUUGGAAAAAAAGUUUGCGUUCUUCAAGAAUAUAUCGUUGAAUUCGCAAAGUACUACUUCCAACGCCGCUUCAACUAACACUUUGGAAACAAAGUUUGAAUAAAAAGUGUUGAGCUUGAGUCUCAAGAAAAAAAUAAAAUAUUAUAAUUUUUUGUUUA